AUGCAUGUCGUCUCCCGCAGAAACCGAGGCCCUCACCUCCCCGACACCCUCGACAAGUCGGCAGCAUGCUCCCCCGAGUCCACCUUCGCCCCACUGUCCAGGUCGUCGAUCCCGUCCGUGUCUGCGCCGACGCGCAAAGAGUUGAACAUUCUUGUGGCCGCCCAGCAGGGCGAUGUCUCCGGCAAGGCCUCCGCCACUGAUCGUGACGACCAGAACAUCACAACCCUCCACUGGGCCGCAAUCAAUACCCAGCUCGUCACAGGCCGCUACCUCGUUGACCAGGGUGCCGAGGUCGACACACUCGGCGGCGACUGA